AUGGCGUCGCGGCGUCAGGCGGGUUGGCACCAGCUCCUGGGCGCCGAGAUUCCCGCCACACCAUGGAUUGCACUCACAUACUGGGCGUGCAACGUGAUAUUCAGCCUGAGUGCCUUGCGCCUGGUGCGGCGGGCCUCUGCGGCGACGGUGGUGCUCACUAACGUGGUGGCCUUGCCCAUGAGCGCGCUGAUUUUCUGCUUUCCGCUGCCUUUAUUAGAGCGACAGCAUUUUCGAUCGCACUUCGCUGUGAGUUUGCUUCUUGUGGUGGCGGGCAACCUCCUCUAUGGAAGCACCUCAUGGCGCAGAAGGACUGCCUGA